UAGAAAUAUAGGUCACUGAUUGGCUGAUAACUGUAGAAGAGUGACCAAUGACUGAGAGCUUUUCUCUGAGGCUCGGUAUGAUGUGCCAAAGGUCAAUCAUGGCAUGGCCGACUGUUGUCAGUAAGCUUCUACAGUACAGCAGUAUCUGCAAUAUCAACCGUGCAACAAAUGCGUUAUAUAGGACAUCUGCACACCUGUCCAGACAGGGUACCACAAAAACAUCUUCACCAUCAGGAGGACUUGGACCAAGUGGAGACAUUUCAGAUGUUUCAGUUUCAAACUUGCCCAUCUAUGGCUCAGAAUCGCAGGAUUCCCCUGGAAGUGACAGGGAGAUAAAGGCACUAGCGAAGAGAUUUGGCGUGGACACCAGUGACACUGAGCACAGGACUAGUCAGCUUACGCCAUUCCUGACUCCAUCACAACUUGCUGAGAGGAGGGAAGUGCCAGAAAGACCUUUUGAUGGAAGGAGGACAACACUUAAAGAAGACUGGGAAUACUUCGUGAAGUGGUUCAAGAUAACAUUUAAUGAACUUCACUAUUGGUUUGAGAUGAAGCUUGUGAGAGAUGGCCGAAAGCUGCUCCUUAGAAAUAGCCUGACAUCCUGGUACAUUACGCAGUUCAACACAGAGAUUGCAGUGGCCUUGUGGGUGCUACAGCUGCGAGGAGCAGUGCGCUACAAGAACCAGGAGGAGUGGCACAGAGGUAACUACAGGAAGCUCCCGGUCAGGCAGCUGAUAGAGGAGACUGUGGAGGCAGUGGACCUCAGUGGGACGGACAUCUCCUUCAACGGGCUAUCCAACCUUGAACUGUUGGAUGACAUGACAGAGCUGAGACUUGCAGACUGCCCCUAUGUAGAUGACUUCUGCCUGUCCAAGCUGCACGAGUUCAGUGGGAAGCUUGUUUACCUGGACAUCAGCAGGUGUCCACUUGUAACGGAGAGAGGACUCUCAUCUCUUCACAAUGUCAGGAGCCUGCAGGUUGUUAAGAUGGAAGAAAUGCCCAAAGUGAAGUACAAGGAACUGAUAGCACUGAUGAUGGAGGAGGUGAUGCCAUGGUGCAAGUUUGAGGGUGUGGACUAUGUGGAAAAGGCAGCAAAGUUGGGCAUCAAGAUGGAUCUCUCAGCAUUGGAAAAUAAGGAUGUGAAACUUCUGGACAAGCCAACAGAAAAAGUGGAAGAAAAGGCAGAAGGAAAAGAUCAGCAAGAGGCUACAUCUACAUCCACAGCUGCAGCUUAGAGCCUUAGAUAGUUUUUAGUUCAAUCUCCUUUGGGGAUAAAUAUCAAGUGGCAACUAAAAAGAUUUGUGACAUGACAAUUGAAUAUGUUAUAUGUAGCAGAUUUAUGAUAGUGU